UAAAUAAUAAGAAACAUGAUAUUCAUGAGAUGAAGUGAAUCUAUAAUAGAAUAUCCAAAAAUAAGUGUUUCCAUGUUUGAUCAAGAUGUACAUCAUACAAAUUUAUGUGAUUCAUUGAUUAUGUGAUCAGUUUAGAAGUGUUCUAUGAAUCACUUCAAAAGAUAAAUAAUUCAACAACUACGUAACUCAAGAAUGGAUUAAGAAUUCAAGAACUUUUAGGCUGAAUCCCAACUCGUUUAAAUUAUGUUACUUCCAAAAACUACAUGACCACUUUAAUUAAUUUUAUACUCAACAUUACUCCCUCACUUUACUCGCCAUCUGUACUCAUCAAAAAAGUUCAAAUUAGCAACUAAAGCAAUAAAAGUCCAGAUCUGCAAUUAAUCCAGAUCCUUUAAAACUUCAGGUUUGCAAUUGGAUCACUAAGAGCUCAGAUCUGCAAUUAAUUCUUUAAAAGCUCAGAUCUGCAAUUGGAUCACUAGGAGUCUAGAAUUGCAAUCAGUCCUUUAAAGGUCCAGAUCUGCAAUAGGAUCAUUAGAAGCUCAGAACUGCAAUUGGAUCACUAAGAGUCUAGGAUUGCAAUCAGUUAAAAAUCCAGAUCUGUAAUUGGAUCACUAGGAGUUCAGAUCUGCAAUUAAUUCUUUAAAAAUGCAGAUCUGCAAUUGGAUCAUUAAAAGCUCAGAUCUGCAAUUGGAUCAUUAAAAGCUCAAAUCUGCAAUUGGAUCACUAAAAAUCUAGAAUUGCAAUUAAUCCUUUAAAAAUCCAAAUCUGCAAUCACUAAGAUUGCAAUCAGUCCUUUAAACGUCCAGAUCUGCAAUAGGAUCAUUAGAAGCCUAGAACUGCAAUUGGAUCAUUAAAAGCCCAGAUCUGCAAUUGGAUCACUAGGAGUCUAGAAUUGCAAUCAGUCCUUUAAAAGUUCAGAUCUGCAAUAGGAUCAUUAGAAGCUCAGAACUGCAAUUGGAUCAUUAGAAGCCCAGAUCUGCAAUUGGAUCACUAAGAGUCUAGGAUUGCAAUUAGUCCUUUGAAAAUCCAAAUCUUCGAUAGGAUCAUUAAAAGUCCAGAUCUGCAAUUGGAUCAUUAAAAACUCAGAUCUGCAAUUGGAUCACUAAAAGUCCAGAAUUGCAAUUAAUCCUUUAAAAGUCCAGAUCUACAAUUAGAUCACUAGAUAGAAGAGUCUAAGAUUGCAAUCAGUUCUUUAAAAGUCCACAUUUGCAAUAGGAUCAUUAGAAGCCUAGAACUGCAAUUGGAUCAUUAGAAGCCCAGAUCUGCUUGGAUCUGAAUUGGAUCACUAAAAAUCUAGAAUUGCAAUUAGUCCUUUAAAAAUCCAAAUCUGCAAUAGGAUCAUUAGAAGCCCAGAUCUGCAAUUGGAUCACUAAGAGUCUAAGAUUGUAAUCAAUCCUUUAAACGUCCACAUCUGCAAUUGGAUCAUUAAAAGCCCAGAUCUGCAAUUGGAUCACCAAGAGUCUAGCAUUGCAAUCAAUCCUUUAAAAAUCUAGAUCUGCAAUUGAAUCACUGUAGAUCUGCGAUCAGUCUUUUAAAAGUCAAGAUCUGCAAUUGGGCCACAAGAAUCUAGAUUUGAUCCACUAGAACUUACAACUGAUCCAUAUUAAAUCUAGAUUUGAAUUAUCAAGAGCUUACAUCCUUGGAUCUGCAACAGAAUCAAUAGCUCAAUAGGAUUCUUGAUUCUAGCAUUGGUCCAACAUCUAGCUCCACCAUCUCCAACCUAUCUAAAGCACAUCCUGCGACAAUUGAAUGCCUCUUUAACGCCUGGAAUGAUUCAGAAACGAGAGGACACAAUUGGGAACGAGUUGGAAUGUGGAUGAAAGUGAAGAGCAGGAGGAUCUAACGAUGUCUGGCUCGAGUGGCGGUUUAAUGGAUUUCCCAGGGUCCACCGGCGGCCUGAAGAGAUGCGGCGGUGGCAUGAGUUCACCGUCCCUGGCCGCUGGAGGGGGGGGCUCGGUAGCUUCCGGGGGGCUGCCUCGCACUCUGUCCGCUUCCGCCCUCCGGCUACGACCGUCCAGGAAGGCUCUCUUCUGGGAGCAGUGCUUCGAGUCGCCACCGAAGAGAGACUUCCAUGGCGAGGACCUCAUCGUCACGCCGUUCGCGCAGAUCCUUGCCUCUCUGCGCUCGGUCAGGAACAACUUCCUGUCGCUUACUAAUGUGCCCACCAACAAAUCACGAAGGAGUAGCGGUGCACAGGGUAGCAGCACGCCGCAGCCACGGAUCUUGGCACCGGGGGAGGAAAACUACAUGAAAUUGGCGGUGGAGACUAUGGAGGAGCUGGACUGGUGCCUGGACCAACUGGAAACCAUUCAGACUCAUCGAUCCGUGUCCGACAUGGCCUCUCUGAAGUUCAAGCGUAUGCUGAACAAAGAGCUGUCCCAUUUCUCAGAAUCCUCGAAAUCCGGCAACCAGAUAUCGGAAUACAUAUGCAGUACCUUCCUUGACAAGCAACAAGAGUUGGACCUACCCUCCCUUCGGAUCGAGGAUGCGGUUGCAGCAGCCGGAAGCACGGAUGCUAGGGCGGCGAAGAAGAAGGACCGGGCCCAAAGGGGCCCGGCCGCGAUGUCCCACAUAAGCGGUGUGAAGCGACCCCUCACGCACACAAACAGCUUCACCGGGGAACGUGUACCGCUUCACGGCGUCGAGACACCCCACGAGGAGGAGCUCGGCAAGCUUCUCUCAGACAUCGACAAAUGGGGCAUCGAUAUCUUCAGGAUAGGCGAAUUAAGCAACAACAGACCGCUGACCUGCGUCGCCUACACAGCCUUCCAGACCCGGGAUUUGCUCAAAUCGCUGGCCAUACCGCCCAAGACCUUUGUGACCUUCAUGAUGACCCUCGAGGAUCACUACGUCAAAGACAAUCCCUUCCACAAUAGCCUGCAUGCCGCCGAUGUGACCCAAUCUACUCACACUCUGCUCAACACACCCGCACUCGAGUCCGUGUUCACGCCGUUGGAAAUCACAGCCGCUCUGUUCGCAGCCACCAUUCACGACGUGGACCAUCCUGGACUCACCAACCAGUUCCUUAUAAAUUCGAGCUCCGAGCUCGCCCUAAUGUACAAUGACGAGUCCGUUCUGGAGAACCACCACCUGGCAGUGGCGUUCAAGUUGCUUCAGAACGAAGGCUGCGACAUUUUCGUCAACAUGACGAAGAAGCAACGCCAGACGCUUAGGAAGAUGGUGAUCGAUAUGGUCCUGUCCACGGACAUGUCCAAGCACAUGUCCCUGUUGGCCGAUCUGAAGACUAUGGUCGAAACGAAGAAGGUGGCCGGUUCUGGCGUGCUUCUCCUAGACAAUUACACCGACCGAAUCCAGGUCCUGGAGAACCUGGUGCACUGUGCCGACCUGUCCAACCCCACGAAACCUUUGCCCCUCUACCGGCGAUGGGUCGGCCUGUUGAUGGAGGAGUUCUUCCUUCAAGGAGACCGGGAACGAGAGCAGAACAUGGACAUAAGCCCGAUGUGCGACAGGCACAGCGCCACCAUCGAGAAGUCGCAGGUCGGCUUCAUAGAUUACAUCGUGCACCCUCUCUGGGAGACCUGGGCCGACCUGGUGCACCCGGAUGCUCAGGAUAUCCUGGACACGUUGGAGGAGAAUCGAGACUGGUAUCAAUCUAUGAUUCCUCCGUCGCCACCCUCCGAUGAUCAACAGCAACAGCAGCAAGGGAACGAGCAGCAAUCCGAUAGAAUACACUUCCAGGUGACACUGGAAGAAGGCGACGAGACAGGCGAAACAACGGAGAUCGGGGACACGGGUGGAGCUGCGAAAACGAUCCUGGCGAGCGAGGAAGGGGGCGGUGAGACGGAUGAGAACGCGGCAGAGGCUGGGAUGUGACGGAGGCUCGCGGGUAUUUGCAGAAAGCUCCACGAGAAGGUGCAGCAGACCUGGUGGCGUGUGCGUCAGUGACAGUCAACUCGCUGCCGCUGGCCAGGUCUCUUUGUGUCGACCUAUUGACCUUUUUGGCCAAGCUCUCCACUCCCCGGAACGGUGGAAGGUUGUCUCGUCUCGGAACGGAAGGAAGGACGGAAAAACAGAGAGAGAGAGAGAGUGAAGGAGGAACGGAAAGUGAAACGUAACCGAAUGAAUGGAACGUCUAGUCGCCGCUAGUUCAGACUACCUCUGGAACAAAUUGGAAAAGUCUUUUCUGUUGACGCGUCAUCAACAAGCGGGGAAAAUCAUCAGCUCCAGGAGAAGAAAGAAGAAGAGGAAGAAGAAGGGCUGUCCAUUAGACGCGAUCGUUCGCUCGAAAGCUGACGCGGGCCUCGGCAACGAGCGACGAUUCUUUUUAAUCGCUGCGUCUCGGCUGGUUCGAGGCGUAACGAUAUAGCGUCGUCCACGAUGGACCUCAUCCUCGACAGAGAGACGGAGAAAGUAGCAUCGUCGUUGUUACCAUUGUCGCUUCUCUCCCACCCACUUGUUGUCGUUCGAUCGUCCCCCCUUUCCCUCCCUCCCCAAAUCUUGGCGCGUACCUGGCUCGAACGGAGGGCACGAAUCUCUUCACCAAGUACCUGUAUAUUACCCAGGCGGACCGUGCAGAAAGAUGAUCGUCUUUGCCACGGGUCUUCCUUAAUUACUACGUAUAAUAUAUAGAACGAGAAAAAUGAGGGGAAAAAAAAAAAAGAAAAGAGAGAAAAAGAAAACGCAAGAAAGUCUCAUCUCGCCUCAGUGAUAGGAUCCUAUCUUGACAUAUCAAUUACACGGUACAAACGGCCCCGGGCCGUAAUUAAUUCAACGAUUCGGAGGAUCUUUUGCGCGGCCAGCUGACCCUCGGCUCAGGAUCACAAGGUUUCUAGGCCGUUGAAGAGAAUGAAAUUUGUUCAAUUCUGGAUCUCUUCGUGAUGCUGUGCGAGAAGAAGAAGAAGAAGAAAGAAGACAGAGGAAGAAGGAUUGGUGAUAAGAGUGAUCCAUGAGGAGAAGGGUCAGGGGUUAGAUGCCAAGAAGAUGCAGCUAGAGUAAACAGUAGUCGCCAGCGCUUUCCACGUUCAUCCUUGGUUCUCCGAUGAUUGCCAUCUUGACAACUACCUAAUAUCGUCUAGAGCUAAGCCUAUCCCUAAUCGUAAGACUUUCGUAAUCAUCGCUCGCCGACUUAGUAGAGAGCUUAGUAGAGGAUGUUAAUGAGAAGAAAAGGGGGUGAAAAAUUGGGAGGAAUCGCGUUUGUAAAUAUUGAUGAACGUGAUAGAUGACGCCACUGGGCGGAUGAAUGGUUAAUUUUAAUAUUAGAAGGCUGGCCUUUUCCUUUGAGUUUAUAUUAAAAUUACGGUAGGUUUCUGAAGCUUUGUUUUCGCAUUCAUACACAUACACAUAGACACACGCAUUACACACACACACACACAUACACACACAUACACAUACGCAUAUAUACGCGAUCGUUUUUAACCAAAGAGUAAUGUUAGUCACUACGUCGUUCGGGUAACGAACCAGAACAGAAAGAUCGAACUUCGAAUUUUUUCUUCUUCAUCCUGAAUACAAACAAAGAGAAUUUUGAAAAAGAUUGAUAUAUGCAUAUGUAUAUAUCGUGAUCGAAAAAAAAAAAAAAAAAAAAAGAACACACACGAUGCGAACAAACAGCGAGAAAUCAUCGCGCGUUCUGGCUUUUCUAGCGAUGGUAGAUUAUUUUAGGGAAAACUAAAAAUGAGGUGAAAAGAGAAUUAAUUAGUUAGGUUUCUUGCAGUUUCUCGAUGUGUUAAAGAAACGAGACUACGAACCAAAAAAAAAAAAAAAAAAAAACAGAAGACAAAAAUGAAAAAAUAUAAUGAGAAAAAAAAAAAAGAAUCAGAGACAAUGAAGUAAACGAAGUACUCUCUCGCUUGGAUGUCUGUGAAUCGCUCAAAUUUUGAAAGGAUCGACGCUCGAAAAAUUAGCCGAAGAGAAAAAGAAAAAUCGUCUCGAUGAUCGAGCGUCGAUUCUUUGUCGCACUCUUUCUCGAAGCACUCUUCAUCGAAAUUCACAUCCCCAAUAUAUUCUUUGUAAAUUCCCAUCGGAUCUUGCGUUUUUCUACUGAUGCUUUUUAUUUUCCUUUUUUAUACUAAUUAACUAAUAAUGAAUAAGAAAAAGGAAGAGAGAGAGAGAGAGAGAGAGAGAGAGAGAGAGAGAGAGAGAGAGAGAGAAAGAGAGAAAGAGACGUUCUUUCUCUCCCUCUGAAGAACUCGUAUUCUUCUCGACUCGACGACGAUAAGAAAAUGGUUCCCUCUACGCGAAACAAAAUGGCCGACGCGCGCGAGUUGCUCGAGAAAGAGGCGAAACCCGUCUAUCUGUGUCCGUAGGCAGUGAAUCUAGUGAGUGUUUUUGGUGCUGGCCACCAAGCUUAGAUCAUUAAGAAAUAAAUUUACGUAAGGCUACGAGUACACGACUAGAUAAUUAAGCUGAGAAAAAUUAACCUAAUAAACGAAAAAAAAAAAAGCAAGAAAAAGUUUAAAAAAAAAAAAAAAAAGAAAUACGUAAGAAUAAUAAAGAAAAAAAGAAAAAAAAAAUAAGCAAGCGAAUCUUCUUUAGGGCGUAAGCGACCAGAUAAUUAAUGAUAAUUAAACGUUUAAACCGCGAAAAAGACGAUAAAUGAAUUAAAAAAACGAACUGACAUGACGCUGUUUCCGUUUUCGGGAUCCCUCGAAGUAUUCCGCUCGAAAAUUUGAACAAAUUUGAACGCGAAGAUCCGAAGAAGUUCGAGCUAGAACGACCGAUCGAACGACGGGAAAAAGUAAAAAAGUAAAAAGUAAAAAGAAAAAAAAAAAAAAAAGAAGUAAAAAAAAUAACAUAUGUAUGAUUUUCUUUUCUCCUUUUUAUCCGUUUGUCUUGUGCCCUGAUAUCAUUUAUAUAUAGAUUUAAUUCCAAGAUUUUUCUUUCUACGAUUCUAUCUAUAUCAUUUGUUUUUCUUUUUUUUCUUUUACCCUCCUCCCUCGAUUUCAGUUGAACUGAAUCUAUAAAUAUAUAUAUAUAUAUAUAUAUUUAUAUAUAUAUAUAUAUCGCAAGCUUCCUCUCGUGACUAAUUACGAUGUUUUAACAAAAAAUGUGUAUCACCGAGAUGAUGAUGAUGAUUUUUCGAUGGAGAUGAGAAACGCGUGUGCAAUUUUAAUUGAUAUAUAUAUUUAAGAAUUAAUAUCGAUCGAAAUGACAAUGGUGAUGACGAUGACGUGUCAAUUAAAACGGACAUGGUCACGAUGAUAAGACGCUCAUGAUUGCGAGAGGUGACAGAGGAAUUAAGGAGAAAAAAGAAAAAAGAAAAAAAAGAAAAAAAAAAAAGAUUAAAAAAGAAAAAAAAAAAGAUGAAAUGAAAAAUGAAUACAACGUGUUUGAUUGCUGGACAGUUAAAUGAACAAUGUAUUAAUAUCGUGUAACCCUCGUACGAGAUAUAUGUGUAAUAAAACAUAUUUAUUGUCGGAA